AUGGAUUUGAAGCUGCACUGCGAUACUCUAGGAGUCCUCCGGAAGGAAAGCGGUAUCCGCAGACACAGGAAACAAUCAGAAGGCAGGCCUGGCUUCUCCUCUUGGGGAGGGAGGCGAGGGAGGCGGGGCAGGUGUGGAAGAACCCACAGUCCUGAGUCAGGGAAGAAGCAGGGGAGCCGGGGCCACUUCCCCGGACGUGAACGCAGGCGGGGAGCAGGUCAGGGACGCUCUCCACAAGCCAGAAGUGUGCCCCUGAUCUGGGUCACACAGCCAGCGCUGGGGGCGCGUGGCACUUUUGUCUUUGGUCCAGGGCUCCAGUCCCCGGGGGGCAGGCAAGGCAGCAGCCGCUGGCCCAGAGCCGAGAGCCCCGGGGUCCCCAUUGUGCAGCCCACAUGGCUGCAGAGGAGGCCUGGACUCUCCUGGAGAAGCCAGGACGCUUCUGCUUCGGCUGAGAAAUGGGCUCUCUGUGGCUGCAGAAACCGUUCUUUAGUGUCAAGCCCCCAGGGCCACGGGGAGCGUUCAGUCCUGGCCCAGGAAUGGGUGGGUGUGGAGGAGGGGCCCUCGGGUAAUGUGGCCUCCCUCUUUUCGUGUGGGGGCCCUGAGGAGGUGCCCCGCGGCACCCUGAAACCCCUACCUUCAGGGCCGGGGUCAGCUUCUCGCGGAGGCCGGUCUCCUCCACCUGCAGGCACUGCAGGUCCUCUGCCGCUGGGCCUGCUCCCAGAACAGCUCGUGUUCCACCUCCGCCUCGGACCGCAGGAGGCUCAGCCUCCCCUAGUAGCCCUGUUCCAGACGUCUGCAAGGCACAUGGCUCAGGGUGCAUCAGGCUCCCCGGGGGCGCCACCUGCACGUCUCCCUCCCCGGGGUAUGCCGUCAGUGCACUUGGCCUGUGCUUUGGGGACGCGUUUGUUCCCGCCAGAGAGACAGGUGAGUUGCAGUGUUGUGGGGCAGCAGAGGCCUCAUAUACUGCCCCCCUCGGGGUUGGCGGAGGUGACCCCACUCAGACGAGGGAGCCAGCAGGUCCCUCAGCCCAUGGGGUGA